GUUUUUUCUCUCGCCAUCACUAUCAUGUCUUCCACUUCAAGCAUCGCAGAGUGCCUCUCCUCAACUCUUAGUUCGGAUCCAAAUGCUAGGAUGGCAGCAGAACUUAAAUUGGCGGAACUCAUGAACUCACCAGGGACAGGUUUGGGCCUAUCGCAGCUAGUUAUCACGCAGGAUGCAGAUCUGAGUCUGCGCCAGUCAGCAAGUAUCGUGCUACGAAAAUAUGUCAGAGAAAGAUGGUCUCCGUAUUUCUCAACAUUCAAAGGAUCUGCACCUUCUAUAGAAAUAAAAUCACAAAUUCGCCAGGCUGUCUUCCACGGACUGUCAGAUCCCUCCUCCCAAAUCCGCUCGUCAUGCGCCCAUACUCUCUCUUCAAUCGCCAACUGUGAUUGGCCAGAUGAAUACCCCGACCUUCUUGAUUCCUUGAUCAAUCUCAUUUCGUGCAAUUCUCCCAACUCGGUGCAUGGCGCCAUGCAAGUCUUCACGGAGUUCAUCAACAAUGACCUGACCGAAGACCAAAUUCUUCCUGUUCUCCGAAAUCUUUUACCAGUGCUGUUGAAUAUACUCGGCUCGGCGAAGACACAAACACCUCUCACACGCUCCAGGUCUAUAGCAGUUUUCCGACAAUGUGUUAUCUCCCUAUUCAUGGUGAAGGAUCAACAUCCGCAGGUUGUGAAAGAAGCGAUCGCGUCGGUACUACCGGUCUGGUUGGAAGCAUUCAAAGUUCUUCUGAAUAUCGACCCGAAGCAAGACCUAACCGAAGAUACCAAAUGGGAAGGGUUGGCGGUUCGAAUCCAGUUAUUCAAGGUACUUGAUACGAUACACACUUCGUUCCCGCGUGUGAUUGUGCCAUACCUCAAUGAGCUUUUAAACCCAUCUCUGAAUCAUCUGGUCACCCUUUAUUCCAUCUACGACCAGUACUACCUUGCCGCAACCGAGACAGCUCCUUUGUCAUCUGAAGAUGAACCCGUAUCACUACCUCAACUUGUAACUUCUGCCAUGGAUUUCGUGGCUUCAGUCGCCAGGGGCGGUCGGGCUCGGGAAUGGUUCAAUGGUGACCGAGCUGCUGCCAUGAUUUCGGCUGUUUUCAAUUAUAUCCAGAUGACCGAUGAAGAUGAAGAGACUUGGGGCAGUAAUGCUAAUGCUUUCGUCGCUCAAGAAGAUGAUGACCUCGUCAACUACAGUGUCCGCGUUGCUGGCCUUGAUCUACUCACGGCGUUGAUGGACCGAAAUCCAGCCCAGGCAACGACUAGCUGCCACAAUGUUAUCCAACAAAUUGUAGCAUCUUCCGAACAGACUCGUGCCUCCGGGAAAGAUGACUGGUGGCGCCCUUUGGAAGCGGGACUUACGGCUGUCGGUUCACAAGCAGACACGAUUCAGGAUUGUAUUGAAGAAGAGCAAGAAUCGGGACGGAAUAGCCCUAUCAACAUUGAAUCCUUGCUUACCGAUGUGAUUCCGUCCAUUCUUGGGCUGUCCUCCUUCCCAUUCUUACAAGGCCGCGGAUUUGUGUUUGCUAGUCAAUUCGCCAAACUACUACCUGUUCAACUAGCAGGGCAUUACCUUGACGCUGCCGUUCAAGUCAUUGAAUCAGGCAACGCUGGGAUACCCAUUAAGGUCUCUGCGGUCAAAGCGGUACACAAUUUCUGUCUAGGCUCAGAUGAUUCGGCCUUGACUCCCUUCGUUCCUAGAAUAGCGAAAGACCUCGGUCCAUUCUUAUUGGCGACCUCUGAAGACACACUUUCGUUGGUACUUGAGACUCUGGCGGUUGUUCUAGAUGUCGAUGAUGGUAAAUGGAUGACGCCUGAUUUGGCUACUUCCUUAGUAGCGGCCACGCUUAACGUUUGGUCGAAGAAUAAUAAAGACCCAAUAUUUCUUUCUAUCUUCCCGGACAUUAUGAAAUCGCUGGCUGCGUCGAAGACACCUGGCAUUUAUGAAGUAGUCGUCAAGCAAGCGUUGCCUGCCCUCUGCGUGUCAAUAACUGGUGCCUCCCAAGACCAGUCUUAUAUCGCUGGUUCAGCGAUAGAAUUAGUUGGUAGCUUAGUGCGCGCUGCCUCGGACGGUAACCUCGGCGAAGGAUUCUUCAACCUCCUAGCUCCGAGUCUAUUCAAGUGUCUCGCGGAAGCCGAAGACCGCGACGUUUUACAGAACGGCAUAACCUGUCUGACACUUGUUAUCCGAAAAGACUGCGCUCAGCUUCUCAACUGGCGUGAUUCAAGCCAAAGUGGGCUGGACUACGUGUUGAGAUUGGUCGCCAAAAUUUUGAAAGGCGAAGACGAGUCUGCUGGUCUCACGAUUGGGGAGUUGAUUAUUCACCUCCUGCGAAGGGCUGGAGAAUCUGUACUUCCUGUCUUGCCAGAGCUACUCCAUGCGAUGGUCUCACGGAUGCAAACUGCCAAGACAGCUACAUUUAUCCAGAGUCUGGUGAUUCCGUUCGCUUUCUUGAUCAACAAUCAACGUGAUACUGUCUUGGCCCUCCUGGAGGAAAUGAACAUCCAUGGCCGUACUGGCCUCGACGUACUCAUCCAGACGUGGUGUGAGAAUGCCGAAACUUUCCAAGGAUUCUGGCAGUCUCGGAGCAGUACAAUAGCAUUGACACAACUCUAUGUCUCGGAGAGGCCGAGCUUGCAGAACCUUAUGGUGAAAGGAGAUAUUAUCAUGAAGCCUGAAACCAAAAACGUUAUCAUGACACGGUCACGUACGAAGACCAUGCCGACCGAAUUUACCUCAUUACCGUUUCCUGUCAAAGCCAUUAAAAUUCUGCUCCAUGAGGUACAAUCGGGUGGUGAAUCGGCAACUAUGGGAGCUUCACAAGACGACGUGCAAGAUAUUGAUUCUGAAGAUGGAGACGAAGAUUGGGCCGACACCGGUGACUCCAUGACCCGGAGGGAUACUGAACUUGAAUUCCUCUCUGAAUUGAUAGGUCCAAAAGGAAUGGCUUUCGACAACGACGAUAUUUUGGAUGUUAGCGACGAUGAGGACUUGAAGGACGAUCCUACUUCUCAGAUAGACAUACAGGAACAUCUCCUGUCCUUCUUCCGAGAAUGCGCCACCAGAAAUACGAACCAGUUCUCAAAUAUAGUUGAUCAACUGACGGCUGAGGAGUCCCUAGUUGUUUGGAAGGCUGUGAACGGAAACUAAAUGAUCAACCUGAUGAUUUGGAGUUACAAUCUAUGCACACUGAUAUUGUACAAAAUGUGACGUUUGACGACAGGAAAGUAAUGGAAGGACGAGAUUAUAUGUAUCCAAAAACGUAAAGAAAAAUCGAGUGGAGUAGAUCAUCGCUCAGGUCUAGAAAUCCGCCUUUCCCAUGUCCCACUCCCUAACGGUACCACGCUUGCUGUAUUGUAUAUCCAUCACACUAGUUCCUUCGGCGUUCCAUCUAUCUCGUACGCCACUGCUACUGAUGCUCUCACCAGCGGUGGCAGUUGUUGUUCCAUACAGUGACCUCUUAACUUCGUCUUUACUCAACCCCAUGCGCUCCAGGCGUUUUUUCUCAGCCUUGUCUUCUCGGCGAACUCGCAGUAGUUCGAGCAUCGCGUCCCACCCUUCAAACUCGGCGUUGUUAAUCAAACCUGUUGCGGGCACUUGAGGUACUGAUAGGGAUGUGAUAUCCAGCCGAGGAUCAUACGAUUCAUCGAAAUACCUGUCCAUCUUCGAGGGUAAAUUUGGAGCAGGAUCGGGACCUGGAUUCGGAGAAGACGACAUCGACAUGCGAUCGUCAUCCGAGAGUGUUUGAGAUGAUUGCCGUUCGUUGUUGACUUUGGUAUCUGGAGAUGCGGAACGGGUCAUCCGAGGUUUGGAAAUCCGAUCUUUGGAUGACCCAACUACGAAUUCCUUUUCGCUUUCCUUUGUUCGUUUGGACCGGACCAACUUUGACAACUCGGCUUCUCGUUCCGUAGAAGGAUUGGGAGUGGUGGCCGAGGAUGUAUGAGGUUGAGUUGAACGCCUUUCCGAGCGGCUGUCAUUCUCUUGGGAUAAAGAUGUCGAUGAUCGUGACCGUCUUCGUCUUCUAGGCUGGUCAUCGUAAUCUUUCUCGUGUUCGGAGUCGGAGGAGAGGGCGUAUUUCUUCUUUUUCUGUUUUGAGUUAGUGGACCUAGGGGGGUCAUCCUCAUCUCUUGGUCGUUUCUUGUCCGGUGCUCUGCUAGAAUUCCGACUUCGAGACCGAUUUCUACGACUUGUGCGUCUACUUGGACUCUCUUCAGCACAAUUCGGAGAUCUUCUAGAAUCGGACCGCCUAUAGUCUGGGCCGUCGCGUUCUCUCUCCUGCGAACCUUCCAUUGACCUACUCCGGCGGCGUUUACUGUGCCUUCUGGAGGAACCGGAAUAUCUCUCGCGACUUCUUGAACGUCUAGAAGAAUGUCUGUGACUGUGUCUAUCUCGAGACCUCGAGCGGCGACGCCUUCGGCUUGAGCGAUGAGAGUGCCUAUCCUUGUCCCUGUCCCUGUUCCUAUCCGUAUCCUCAUCCUCGCCAUCAUCUCCAUUCCACGUCUCCCAAUCACGGUGUUUUCGCUUUCUGUCAGCUGUCCUCCCAUCCCAUCUAUCCCAACCUUUCGACUCAUCAUGACGGCUUCGGCGUUUUCUCAAUUUCUCCGCUUCCACGGCCUCCACUGCUCGAGCUUUCUUUUCUCUUCUCUCAGUUUCACGUCUCUCCCGCUUGACAUCCUCCGCGGCGAGGGCUUGAGCCCUCAAGAUGGUCUUAUUAUGGUCAUCCGUACUUCGUAUGAUAGAGGAUAGAAAUCGUUUGUUUGCUUUGGGCGCAUUGCUUUCUGAUCUGUAUGCAGAAGAAGAGAGUCCACUAGCGAGGUAAGCUCUUAUUCCUUGUUGUCCGUACUUUUCUGCACGCUUCUUGGCGUCUUUAAUGAGUAAUUCCCUGACAUGACGAUCUAGGUCCUCAUCUGUAACGCUAGGUGAGACAGACGUCCCCAUCGAUGCGCGAACUAGGUCCGAAACGACGGAAGAUAGUGAGCUCGACAUCGACGACGAGUGGAAAGGGUCCGUGCG